AUGAUCAGUGAGUUUCUAAGCAUCGCACUGGGUCUGUUGGAUGAGUGCUACCAAACAAAUGAAGACUUGGCCCAGCAACUACUCACUUACAACCUGGAGAACUGGGGAGACCAGUGUGGUCUGUCGCUUGCUGUUGCUACUCGACAUGAGGAAUUCGUGGCUCAUACGUGUUGUCAGACACUACCGACAGAGAUCUGGAUGGGUGCAAUGAAAUUGGACGAGUGGGCUACACUCAAGGUAACAGUGAAACACUUGAACGAUGAUUUUCAUCUACAUUUAAUGAACAACAUGAUAUUAAUUUGAGGAGGACUCGGAAAAAAAAUCCGAGUCCCAGAUGGGAUUUGAACCCACGACCCUCCGUGACUAGAUCACGGAGGGUCGUGGGUUCAAAUCCCAUCCGGGACUCGGAUUUUUUUUCCGAGUCCUCCUCAAAUUAAUAUCAUGUUGUUGUUGUUUCAUCUUCAAUAUACACAUUUAAUGAAAAAAGAAAAAGAUAUCUUUUCAAAAAAUCUCCAAACAUAGUCCGAAAUCAGUGUCACAGGAACAUGCUUUUCAAAACAUACAGAAUUCAUCGUUUAAACUCGAUACCUUUAAAGAAAUCACGCUCAUUAAUUUACAAACAAACGUCAUAAUGUCUAUAAUCUAGUGUCUAUGUAUAGCUACUCCUAGUAAACAGACUGAUGAAAUGGCAAAAUGAAAGUUGAAAGGUACUUUCUAGUAGAGCGCAAGUCCAAAGCCAUCGGCAAAACGCGAACACUUUUAGUGUAGAGGCCUGGAUAGGGAAUUAGGGGAUCGGUCGUUCAAGAAACUUCUGCUGGACAAUACCGUCUGCUGACAUUUUUACGCGUACGAACACAGACUACCUAAUGAUAAGUAACCCACACUGCCAUUUUCGACUACUAUAAGGUCAUUAAACCAUAUUUAGUCUAAAUAUCAUAACAGCAGAAUUUGAUUUGUAA